AUGAACGGAGGAGGAACAAGAGCUGGACAAGCUGCGGGUUCCCGGAGAGUCAAGCAGGAGCUGGUUCGAUUGCUCUUUGGAAAAAAGUAUUCCAGAACUGGCCCCGAAGGACAUAAGAAACUCGAUUCUGCUUCCUAUUCCUAUGCAGAUCUCAAACGUGCCUACUUUGCCAAGCUGCAAGAGAUUCAUCCUGACAAGAACAAAGCUGUGACUUCAUUCGGAAGCGACUCCAAGCAACACUUUCAUGACCUGCAGAAAACAUGGGAGCAGUACAGUGAAAUGGCCAAGGCGAUGGAGAAAGUACAAUCCAAUGGUCAAGGUGAUUUUACCAAGUUUGGAGUCGGUUGUUCGUUUUCGGAUAAUGAUAUUGAAAAGGAUCUGAGAGCAGAAAUCAUGGAUCAAGCAUGCCGUGGAUGGUUCUCAGGGGGAGAACUCGCGGCCAGAAACGAUGAGUCAACAAACAGUACCUUCCGUUAUGCUCCCACUAGCCUAAUCGAUGAUGAUAUGUUUGUGGAAAUCAAGAGUGACACAAAUAGUAGUAAAGAAGACGGGUUGGUGAAGGAGAAGGAACCAAAGAAAAAAGUACAUGUAGCCAGUGCAAGAACAUUGAUUCCGGGUUUCCGAGGGUGA